GCGUCAUAAAAGAUGAGGAGCAACUCUCUUGCUGCUGCUCCACUCGCAGUUUAUGGCGCCCUGGCAGCCCUCCUCUUGACAACAUCCAUUGUUCUGCUGGCCUGGCCUUCCUUGUCCCGCGUCUCAACAUUAUCAUCCGCGAACAACGAUCCUAUAACCCUAACUCCAGAUCGUUCCAGGGCCUCAGCAGACGAGCACAAAUGGGCGCAUUCCCAGGCGGAAAGGGCAGCAGGCAGAUCCCGCGGAUGGCGCGCGUUAUGCCCUGCGGCGGAAGGGUUGCGCGGGGAGGCACCACUUCCAGAUCAGGGCGGCGAGGCAGCGGCUGAACAGAGCCGCGAAAUCUGGUCACACGCUUUUGCUACACACGCUAACUCGUAUGCGUCGACGCGUUCAGCCAUCGCGUGCUGCGGGCAUCGAGGCGCGAGACGCGAGGCGCCUGAGAACACCAUGCCAUCCUUCGAGCUCGCUCUCGAGCGCGGAGCCAACUGCGUGGAGAUGGACGUGCACAUGACGCGGGACGGCCAUCUCGCCGUCGUGCACGGCACAACGUUCCGCACCAGGCUCGCUUCCUCCCUGCCGCCACUCGCAGCCAUGCAGUCCAGGCAGCAGGAGGGGCAGCAGGAGGGGCAGCAGGAGAGCCAGCAGGAGAGCCAGCAGGAGAGCCAGCAGGAGAGCCAGCAGGAGAGCCUGCAGAGAGGGCAGCAGGAGGGUGCGAGGGGAGAGAGCAGGGAGGAAGCACUGCGAGUGGAGGACCUGCCAUGGGAGGUGGUGCAGCAGGUAGACGCUGGAGGGUGGUUCGGCCCCAACUUCACACACACACCCUUGCCCUCCCUCACCCACGUGGUGCAGCAUUUCUGGCAUGCUGACAUCACUCUUGCUCUAGACCUCAAGAUUGACCUGUGUGGGGGGAACAGACAGAAAGAGAAGGCUCGAUAUGGUGCAGGGCCGGAGUGUGUGAGUGAGGAGGAAUGGGCAGAUCGGUAUGCUGAGGCAUUGGUGGCAUGGCUGGAUACUAUCCAGCCUCCGGACGCCUCUUUGUUGAACCACAUGGCGCCUCAUCCGCGUGUGCGUGUGCUCCUGACCUCCUUUCACUUCCGGCUCAUCGACUCCCUCUUUCUCUUCCUAGACCGACCACCAACUCAUGGACCUGGGCCUCUUCGGCGGGGAAUUGCAGGCCUGGCAUAUAUCUAUGGCCCCAAUGACACCUCCAUUGCAUCGGCUCGUCACCUCGACCCUCGCAUGUGGCUAGCCCCACAUUUUGCACAUGUCCCGUCUUUGAUGGAACCAGACCGUGUGAAAUAUGAGGUGCCACCUGGAGGAAGGAAUGGGGGGAGUGCUUCUCACGCUUCGACACUUGAUAGAAUGGUGUUGUCAUGGGUGAUUGAUGACGAGGCUUUGAUGGCAUCCCAGUACAACAUGGGGGUUCGCGCAAUUACGACAAACGACCCUUUACUGUGCUCUCGAGCAUGUAGGUACUUGUCUCCUAGAUGCUGUUACACAGACCAUGUAAGCUCUCUCCACUCCACCGCCACCAUACGCCAUCACGCCUCUCACCAGGAGGAGAGGCAAGAAUGUAGCAGCCUCUCCCCUCCUGCCACCUCCUCAAACAACUUAAUCACCCAGGGGCCCUCUGGGUCCCCCAACUCCUUCGCGAAUAAGGUUUCCACCAUGUUUCGCCACCACGGGCAGCUUUUCGCUCCGCGAAGAGAGGCCAUUUUCGCGCUCCUCCCGCUCCUCGCGCUCCUCCUGACCGUUUUCACAAGGCCGGAUCUCGCGGCAGCGCAGCAGCCGUACUCAGCCAUCGGCGUGCCGGUCGUUAUCGUAGCCGGCGGCGUGUACGACCCGCUGACCGACAAAGUUUUCAACCAGGCAUGGCAGAUCAAUGCGCUCACGACGCGCCAAAUCGGCGACUCCGCAAACCCCGACGCGAACAACGACGCCGCGCUGUCCGGCUGCGCCGUCGCACUUGACGGCAGCGCGUACAUCGCGGCCGGCAGCAAAUACAUCGACGUCAUCCAAUACACGUCCACGGCGCCCGUCGCCGGCACGCCGUAUCCCACGCCGCUGAAUGCGACGUCCGUCGCCAUCGGCGGCCCGUCUCAGCGCAUGCUCGUCGUCGCAGACGGCUCCGCGGAGGCCGGCGGCGCGAUAAGCAUCGACCGCACGACGCUCGCGACGGUGCAGCUCGUCCCCGCGGGGUGGCAGUGCCUCUCCGCCGCGUUCUGCGCCGCGUCCGCGCUCUUCACGUGCCACCGCGUGUCGGACGACGCGAACGCGAUUAUCGAGGUGCCGUUCGACCCGGCGACGGGCGCGUUCCAGCCCGCAAGCGCCGCCAUUAUCUCCAUUCCCUACCCCGCGACGGAGGCGGUCUGCUCGCCCAAGGGCACCCUCGUUGCGGUGCUCCGACAGGACGCGAAUAAUCUCUACACCUAUGCCACGCCGCUUAAGAACCCCGCGGUGCCGCUUACCACCACCACGCUCACGCCCGGCAUGCCCGGGUCGCUCGCCAUCGACGCGGUGCGGGAGGAGUUUCUCGUGACGAGCGCGGCGGAGUUCCCGGGUCUUCCGGGCGACGCGUACCUGGGCGCCAUGGAUUUCGUGCCUUACUCCGAGGGCACCGGCGUGGAUCCGGGAUUUGAUAACAGCGGCGCGUUUGAGUACACUACGUCCGCGCCUUCCGGCGGGCAGGUCGCGGUGUAUCCGAACCCUUCGAGGGCCUACAUCGCGCUUCCGGAAGGUCUCUAUAGUGUGCGGCUCGUCGGCACGAACGAGCUCGACACGGGCGCUGCGAGCUUCGCGACGCUCUCUGCGACGGUCGACGGCUGGAGCUACUUCGCCACCACCGUCUGCGCGCAGCCCGGGGUCAAAGCGCCGCCGCCGCCGUCGCCGCCGCCUCCGCCGCCAAGCCCGCCGCCGAAACCGCCGAGUCCGCCGCCGAAACCCCCCAGCCCGCCUCCUUCCCCGCCUCCCCCGCCUCGUCCGCCCAGCCCUCCCCCGAAGCCGCCAAGCCCCCCCCCGAAACCCCCCAGCCCGCCCAAGCCGCCGAGCCCGCCACCGAAGCCCCCCAGUCCGCCACCUCGCCCGCCCCCUCCCCCCAAGCCCCCAGUCCCCCUCCCAAGCCCCCGACCCCGCCAAGCCCUCCGCCAAAGCCGCCCAGUCCCCCGCCGAAGCCUCCGAGCCCCCCUCCGAGUCCCCCGCCGUCUCCUCCGGCGGCGCUGGUGACGGUGGCGUCGGUGUCGGUGAUGUCCCUGGAGUCCGACUCGCGGUUCAACGGCGUCUCGCAAUCCGUCUCGCACCCGCCCGCCUCCACCGCCCCUUCCGCGAGAAAGGCGCCGCCAGUGCACCGGACGUGCUCGCUGGGGUCGUUCCAGCACUGCCCCGUCACUCUCGACUGCCGCGAUAACCGCGUCGCCAAGGGCUGCUCGUGCCUGCUGGGGAAUAAGAACGCCACGUGCCGAUACCCGCGCAACUGUCUGGACGCCACGACGUGCCCGGUGGCGGCGGUGUGCCGCGCGAACGCGGCGGGGCAGAAGGUGUGCGCGUGCCCCAAGCGCUACCGCGCGCUCAAGCUCAUCAUGGGCGACCGCGCGUUUGCGUACUGCGCGCCCACGCACUGCGUGGGCACGGCUGCGUUCGCUGGGUUCAGCUGCUCGCUCCGCGCUAUUGCGGAGGAUACCUACAGCGUCAAUCCCUGGCCGACUGCCACCAUUGGGUAGAGAGAUAGCAUGCUUGACUCAUGAGACAGCUGCAGUGGGGUGUUUAGUUGGGGAGGGGGAAGUGGGAUUGCGUUGAUUGCAUGGACUGAAUGAUGCGCGCUUUGUUUCUUUUGUGUCAUGAUAUGAGUGGGAAUGGGACAAUUGACUGAGUCGUCGGAUUAUCCGUAGGAGUAAUAAUUAAUUGAGCAAGUGACGAGCGAACUGGCUAUAGUAGGGCUUGUACGAGCUAGGGCGAGAACCUCGGGAUGUGAUGUGGCUUGGAAGGGUGGUGAGGCGAGGGUGUCGGAUCGGAACACGCUUUGGGGAGGUAGGGGCCUAAACUAUGGGCCGAACCUGCGAGGUCGAGGUCUUCGGGUGUGCCAGCUGUAAAUGAGAGAAGUACUCUCCUGUUCUAACUAUUAUUCAGUUUUGAGAUGGUAUC